AAUAAAAUCGUGACAUCGUGUUAUAAAUUUAUCAAAAUUUAUUUACAAUUCUAAAGACACGUGAGAUCGUAAUAUUGUAUAAAAUAAUUAUCGUUAAAUAUGCAAUUAAAAAUGUCAAAUACGUUUAAUGCAAAAAGUGUGAAGCAAUUGCUUCAAGUGGAAGAUACUUUUAUAAGUGAAUUAUUUACAACAAUGCCAAUACCAGCUCGUGAAACAGGUGAUGAUCUUGGUGAAUCAGAUGAAGAAGAAGAACCUCAACAAAAAAAUUCAAAAUUAUUUUUAAAAAAAGGUGAUCCAAAACGAGCUGCAACAUUUACUGAACUUCAUGAAAAAUUAGAUUCAUUAAAAGGAGUUAAAAAAUUAAGUCACAAAUUAAAAUUAGAAAAAAAAGGUUUAAAAAAUCGUUUGAAAAAAAAAACAAGACGUAAUGAACAUAAAGCACAAACAAAAGCAGCAAGAAUAGAAAAAUUAAAUUCUGGUAAAAAUAUUAAAACUGAAGAUGUUGAAGGUGCACCAAAAGCAACACGUUCAAAACCAGUUUUUAAUUCAGAAGGACAUAUGGUAUUUAGUAAAUUUGAUUUUUCGGAAAUUGGAACUAAAAAAAAGCAACAAAAAAAUGGUAAAGAUCCUAAAAAAGCAUUAGAAGCUUUACAAGAAAAAAAAGAAAAAAUUAAAUCAUUAGUUGCUGCUGGUGAAACUGAAAAAGCUCAAGUACUCAAAGAAAAAGAUGCAUGGAAAUCUGUUCUUGCCAAGUCCAGUGGUGAAAAGGUGAAAGAUGAUACUGAGCUUCUUAAAAAAUCAAUUAAACGUGAGGAACAAAAGAAAAAAGGAAGUGCAAAGAAAUGGGAAAAUAGACUCAAUGCUACUGAAAAAGCUAUACAAGAAAGACAACAAAAACGACAAGAUAAUAUUAUGAAAAGAAAGAAGGACAAAAAAACAAAUAAAUUAAAAAAAUCCGCGAAGAAAGGUCGUAUAAUACCUGGUUUUUAGUUUAUUCAAAAAAAAAUUAUUGCUAUUUUUUCUUUGAGCUGUUGAUAAGAACUAAAUAAAACAUUAAAAAUUUAGUUGUUAAAAAUUC